UACUAAACUAAAUAUAAUCUACAAUUUCAUACCUACAAAUCCUAAACUAUCAACUAUUCAAAGUCUUAAAAAUAAUCAAAUACUUUAUAUUGAACAACUUCUUAUAGCUGAUAAUCAAUAUCUGCUACUAUGGAAUAACAUUUAUCUUCGAACACAUAAAUUAUCUAGAGGACCAAUUCCUUCUUG